AACACUUUGAUGUUAUCGCCGUGGGUGAUGCAUGUGUGUGUCUGUGUCCGUGUGUCUGCCUGUGCGCGCGUCUUGCUCCGCGCCCCGCUGACCCAGCCCACCAGACCCACGAUCACGGGGUUCGGAAGGAGCGUCGGCUCGGAGCGAACUCGGUUCAAUUCAUUUAACCGUUGGCACUCCACCUGAACGUUUCUCCACGUUUGCUUCGCCAUCAAAUCGCUCCGUGGACACUGCCACCACCACCGCCCGCCCGCCCACCCACCUCGUUCACAUGCACGGCGCGCCCCACAUGUUGUGAUCGAUACACUUUUUUUUUUUCGUUCAAUAGUGGUUAUAUUUUUUUCGAUGCGGUCACGUGUUCCUUUUUUUUUUUCAAAUAUUGCUUGUGACCGAUUUGUUUUUUUUUUAUGAAAAACUACUUACUAAUAAUUCCUUUAAAAGUUUGAUAUAUUAAUAUCUGUAAUUGUUUUUGUUUUUAAUAAACGACCUCGCACGUACAUUCCAAUAAUGGCAGCUGUUAUCAGCGUACCGGCUAACGAAGGAAUAAGUGUUAAAAAUGAGGAUGAUGAUCCAGAAAUAAAUGCUAUGGCUCUUAAAAUGAAAGAAAGUUAUCAAAAGUCUGCUACAGCAACAUUGAAACAAGGAGGGACUCCUACAGCUAAUGUUUAUAUCAAUAGAGCUGGUAGACAAGUUGCCUUACCAAUAGUUGGGGUUUUGCCUCCUAAUUCUGCAACAAAAGAAAAUUUAGAAAAAAUAUCAAAAGAUUGUGAAGAUGCAUUAAGUAUUAAAGGUCGUUUUGGCUGGCAGACUAUUGGAUCUUAUUACAUACCAUUUAUUUUGCGUAUAGAAAAUGGUGAAGAAAAUAAAUUUGUAUCUGUACGAAUGGCUGAAACUCAGUUGCUUAGUAGCUUUCUGCAGUAUUUACAUGCCGACAUUUAUACAUGUACAUCAGUGAAAAGUUACUUUAUUUCAGAUUCUGAAGCAAAACUAUUAAAUGACAUAAACUUUAAACAUAGUGAUCAAACAUAUGGUAAAGAUCCAUUUCUCUCUGGCAAAGACUAUAUUGUUCGCCUAGAGGAUGUCACGGAGUUCUAUAAUUUUAUAGAAAUAUGUUAUAAAAAAUUAAUAUGUGAUAUAGCUCCAGGCGAUAAAGAAAAAUGUGGCUUUAUACGUAUCAACUCUGAAUCGGUUGUGCCAUAUUGCCUCAAAGAUGAUCAAAAAUAUGUUCCACUUUUCUAUUUUGAAGGUGAAACUGAAAGCUUAAGACAUCGUGCUAUUAAAUUAGAAAAUUGGAAUUUAGCCUACCUGAAAUUCUGCUGCAAGGUCCAGGGUAUCCGGAAUGAAUUAUUUGCUAGCGACUCAUGUAUUGUUACUAGCCUUGAUGACAUAAAAAACUAUUUUCCUUCAGAAACUAAAUUUGAAGAAUAUUGGCCAGUUAAGGUGGUUGAUACACAGCUUUUAACAAAUGCAAAGACAUCACAUGUUAAUCCUCCAGGUGCCUGGAUUAGAGCACCACCUGCUGUAGUUGUACUCAAUAAUAAUGUACCUACUCCUGAAAAUAUACCUCGUACUUUGUCAGCCCCUGCACCAGUGGCACCUCCACCAAGUAUAUCCAUCAGUAAUAACACUUAUCAAAACAGAUGGUCUCCUAACCAAAUGGUUAAUUCGUUUAUCAUUCAGGCGGCCCAGCCGUCUCCAAUACGAGGUUACCCCUCGGUAUCCAGAUAUCAAAAUGUAGCUGCUCCAUAUUAUAAUGCGAGUUCAUCAGUCAUGCAACCAAGUAACAGUCCAAUGAACCACGUUCCUCCACCACCUUUGGUCCGAACAACACCACCAGUUGGUGGUAGUAAUCCUAUGACUUAUUCCAAUGUUGCUCCAAUGAAUCAAUCAAUGCCAACUUUAUUCAAUCCAAUGACCAACAAUAAUGUAAUAUCGCACCCUAAUCAUCAAUUAAGACAGUUUUAUCCUGGGCAACGUUCCAACGGUAUUGGUCAACCACAACAACAGCAACAGCAGCAGCAUCAACAACAACAACAGCAUCAUCAACAACAACAACAACAACAACAAAUAAUUACUGCUCCUCUAUCUCAGCAGACGUAUGGUGGUCAAUUAUUACCACCAAAUGGAUCAAAUGCUCGUAUAACCAACACUCAACAACGAAAUGCUUUAAGAAACGUGACACCUAAUAAUAUUCAACCGUCCGAAAUCAUUGAUUUAUCAUCUCCUCCAUCCAGUCCUGUCCCACCACCACCUCCACCGCCACCACCACCACCACCUUCAUCCCAAGAGACAACUCGAAGUCCGGGAUGGAUCCUAAAGAGAAUACCUGAACGUGUAUGGACACACGACUCUACCAAUAAUACUGCCUACAAGUUGCAAAAAGCGAUGUUACUUUCAAAACCCAUCACUACCUUAAAUUCCAAAGCGUAUUUGUAUUCAGAACAAAUGGUUACCUUAGAGGAACUUGUUCAGACAGUGAUGCCUUCGUGCAGCAUCAGCAGAUGCGCUUUGGUUUUACAAAAAUAUUUAAAUAUUCCACUGUACAGUGCAAAUUCUGAGCAGAUGGCGUUAUUGCGAGAUAACGGGCGUCUUAGAUCGAUGAACCCGGACGACACACCAUUGGUCAUAUUAGAUGAUAUUGCGCCCGUGUUGCAGCAGUUUAAAAACUUUGUUACUAAACAAGACGAACAAUUACAGUUGUACCAAUCAAUGGGUAUGCCGGCCAAGAGACAGCGCAUGAGCUAGGAAUGGGCCGGGCACGGCGGAAGCCGACCCGACUGGCCAAAACCAGUGGCAACGGGCGGCAUUUCUACACAUCUGGUCGGUGUUAGUACUUCGACGUGGUAUCCGGCAGCUGACAGUAACGAUUGGCUGAAUGCCGCAGCCGGUCCAUUGCAGUCGCCGCAACAGCUGUUGUACCACAACACCUACCAAAAUCGAAGCAAUUGGCCUCCGCCGCCGCCUCCACCGCCACCGUACAUAUAGAAAAAAAAGUGGUCAUCUUUUUUCGAUAUUCUCGUGCACACUUAUUGCAUUGCGUUGAGAUAUGUUAUUGUAUUUAUUUUCUCCUGUUAUCGUUAAAUACUUUGACAACACAAUGUUUUGUUUUAUUUAUUUUUUUGACCAUUGAACUAUAUAGCAACAGCACAUGAUAAAUUAUAUAUGACUAUUUGA